UACUUGAUAAAAUUCCUCAGGGUAAACACUUGGUAGGUCACGCUUUCUGAGUUCAAAUUGCAAAUGCGGCGCGGUAGCUUGGACGGCCUGUAAAUUCAUUACAUACUGCGUACUGCAACGAGGCACGUUUGCGGCACGGUCCUUACUCGAGAUUCUAAAAGGACUACGCUUGCACGGGAAAUCCUACACAAGAUGGGGCUUUUCCCUAGUAAGCGAGGCUCAAAGUCGAAGAGUGCAUCAUCUGACCCAGCUAUGGAGGCAGAAAGGUGUUGCAAAGAAAACAAAUACCCUGAUAUUCUGCAAAGCUCCAAGGCCAAUCCAAACUGUCUCUUGAGAAAAUACCUGACAAAGGAACUUUUUGAGGAGUUAAAAGAAAAGAAAUCAUCCAGUGGAGUAACAUUAUGGGACUGCAUUAAAUCUGGGGUAGUAAAUCUGGACUCAGGCACUGGAGUGUAUGUUGCCGAUGAAGAGUGUUAUCAACUCUUUGCCCCUCUGCUCGAUAAGAUUAUUGAGGACUACCAUGCCCCGUAUAAACUCUCAGAUGGACACAAAUCUGAUAUGAACCCAGAGGCAGUGGAUGCACCAAAUCUUGAUCCUGAUAAUGACUUCAUUCGCUCAACAAGAAUCCGGGUUGCCAGGAAUCUUAAGGGCUACCGAUUGACCCCAGCUCUAGAACAGGACAAGAGGAUUGAGCUAGAAAGCAAGAUAAAAGAUGUUCUAGAGUCGCUUGAGGGGGACCUUAAAGGAAAGUACUACCCACUCAGUGGUAUGGACGAGGCCACCAGGCAGCAGCUGGUGGAUGACCAUUUCCUCUUCAAGAAGGGCGAUCGCUUCCUGGAAGCAGCUGGUGUCAACAGAGAGUGGCCAGAGGGGCGUGGCAUCUUCCACAACAAUGACAAGACCUUCCUGGUCUGGGUGAACGAGGAGGAUCAGCUACGUAUCAUCAGCAUGGAGAUGGGCAGUGACAUUGGGUCUGUUUUCAGAAGGCUUUGCACGGCAGUCAAUGAGCUUGAUAAUAAGCUUGGUUUCCAGCAAUUACCAGGACAUGGGUAUCUCUCAUCUUGUCCCACUAACCUCGGCACGGGCAUGCGCGCUAGUGUCCACGUCAAGAUCCCCCAUGCUAGUGCUCAUCCCGACUUCCAGAAGAUCUGCGAUGAGUUCCACAUCCAGGCACGUGGCAUCCAUGGAGAACAUUCGGUAUCUACUGGAGCAGAUGCAGGUGUGUUUGACAUCAGUAACAAGAGAAGGCUGGGCUUGUCCGAGGUGCAGUGCGUGCAAGACAUGUACAAUGGCGUCAAGAAACUUCUGGAGAUUGAGAAAGCCGCAGUUGAAGCAAAAAGGAAUGUGUUCCCUGAAGUUCUAAAGAAACCUGAGGUGAAGUCCCUGAUGAAGAAGUACCUGACGGAAGAGAUGUUUAACGAGCUCAAGGACAAGAAAACUGAGCUAGGUGUCACUUUGAGUGACUGCAUAAACUCAGGAGUCGAGAACCUGGACUCUGGCACUGGCAUUUAUGCAGGAGAUGAAGAGAGCUAUAAGCUGUUUGCACCUCUUUUUGACAAGAUCAUCGAAGACUAUCACGCUCCUUACAAACUGGAGCAGAAGCACACUAGUGAUAUGAACCCCGAGAAGGUCGAGGCCCCAGACUUGGACCCUGAGGGCUCUUUUAUCAGGUCAACUCGCAUCCGUGUGGCCCGUAACCUGAAGGGCUAUGCCCUGACCCCAGCCCUUUCUAAGAAAGCACGCCUGGAGAUAGAGGAAAAGGUUAAAAAUGUAUUUGAAUCCCUAACGGGUGACUUGGCUGGCAAAUACCACCCGCUGGACGGCAUGACGGAAGAAACGAGACAGCAACUUGUCAACGAUCACUUUUUAUUCAAAAAAGGUGAUCGCUUUCUUGAGGCCGCCGGAGUGAACAAGCUCUGGCCAGAAGGACGUGGUAUCUUCCACAACAACGACAAGACCUUCCUGGUCUGGGUGAACGAGGAGGAUCAGCUACGUAUCAUCAGCAUGGAGAUGGGCAGUGACAUCGGCUCUGUGUUCAAGAGGCUCUGCACGGCAGUGAACGAGAUUGAUAAACAACUCGGAUUCCAACACACAGAGGAGCAUGGUUAUCUCUCAUCUUGUCCUACUAACCUCGGCACGGGCAUGCGCGCUAGUGUUCACGUCAAGAUCCCCCAUGCUAGUGCUCAUCCCGACUUCCAAAAGAUCUGCGAUGAGUUCCACAUCCAGGCACGUGGCAUCCAUGGAGAACACUCGGUAUCUACUGGAGCAGAUGCAGGUGUGUUUGACAUUAGUAACAAGAGAAGGCUGGGCUUGUCCGAGGUGCAAUGUGUGCAGGACAUGUACAAUGGCGUCAAGAAACUUUUGGAGAUUGAGAGAGCUGCGAUCGAGGAGGCACAUUUAAACUUUCCCGAAGACCUUAAAAAGCCGGAGGUGAAGUCUCUCUUGAAAAAGUACUUGACAGAAGACGUGUUCAAUUCCUUGAAGGAGAAGAAGACAUCACGUGGGGCGGGUCUUUACGAUUGCAUCAACUCUGGCGUCGUCAACCUGGACUCUGGCACGGGCGUGUAUGCUGCUGACGAGGAAUGCUAUGAAGUAUUCGGGGAACUCUUCGACAAGAUCAUCGAGGAUUACCAUGCUCCCUACAAGCUCGAGGAAAACCACAAAUCAGACAUGGACCCAGAGAAGGUUGACGCCCCUAAUCUCGAUGCUGAAGGAGCAUUCAUUCGCUCGACACGCAUCCGAGUGGCCAGGAAUUUAAAGGGGUAUGCACUGACGCCUGGAUUAACCAGGAAAGAGCGUGUUGAUGUAGAGAGUAAGGUGGUUGGAGUACUGAACUCUCUGACCGGUGACCUGGCAGGAAAGUACUACCCACUCAGUGGUAUGGACGAGGCCACCAGGCAGCAGCUGGUGGAUGACCAUUUCCUCUUCAAGAAGGGUGAUCGCUUCCUGGAGGCUGCCGGAGUCAACAAGAUGUGGCCUGAAGGUAGAGGAAUCUUCCACAACAACGACAAGACUUUCCUGGUCUGGGUGAACGAGGAGGAUCAGCUACGUAUCAUCAGCAUGGAGAUGGGCAGUGACAUCGGCUCUGUCUUCAGUAGGCUCUGCCGCGCUGUUAACGAGAUCGACAAACAGCUCGGAUUUGCACACAAGGAAACACACGGUUAUCUCUCGGGCUGCCCCACCAACCUCGGUACAGGCAUGCGCGCUAGUGUUCACGUCAAGAUCCCUAAGGCAAGCGAGCAUCCCGACUUCCAGAAGAUAUGCGAUGAAUUCCACAUCCAGGCACGUGGUAUUCACGGAGAACAUUCGGUAUCCACUGGAGAGGACGCAGGUGUGUUUGACAUCAGUAACAAGAGAAGGCUGGGCUUGUCCGAGGUGCAGUGCGUGCAGGACAUGUACAAUGGCGUCAAGAAACUCCUGGAGAUCGAGAAAGCCUAAUUUGCCAGUUGCUGCUGUAUAAGCAAUUGCUGGACUUGCUAGAUCCAGGGUAAAAGCUCGGUUUUGCAGCUACAAAAUUUAACAUGGGACAAGGUCGAGGAUUAUUAAGGAUAACGUCUUAUAUUUCCAAAUAGUAGUUGCAUUGCAACAGAAAUGGUGGGAAAUCGGGCGAUAAGAGGCUAAGGUUAUUAAUAGCUAUUUGUUAACAUUUUCAUACUUACUUGUGUGCAUGCUUUACAAUACGUGUGGAAAUAUUUAUGUGUGAAUAAAAUUCAAAAGUAACAACA